AUGAAUCGAACGAAAGUCACCGUGGCAUGCCAGGCUUGUCAAAAAAAAAAAGUCAAAUGCACUGGUGUCGCUCCAUGUACUAACUGCAAUAGAACUGGUCAUCAGUGUGAAUUUACUGGCACCGCUAAAAAACGUGGUCCUAGAAAUGGUACCGUCGAGGUGAUCAAAAGUUCGGCUAGUAGAAUUGAGAAUGUUUUGGAAAAAAAUCCAAGUUUACGACCUCAAAUUGAACAAAUGAUGAAACGUAGCUCCUCGGUCCGUUCGUCGAGAUCCCCUUAUGAUGUACCCCUUAACCCCAUAAUGAUUAUUGACAAUGAUCCUAGGAUGGAUACUUCUCGAUCUCAUACUAUUCAUAACACCCCGCGAAACUUUCCGUAUCCUACGCAAAGAGGUCAUUAUUCACAACGAAAACAUGAUCGAAUGAAUUUAUAUGCAUAUCCUCACGAUAAUAUUGAAUUACAAUCCCCUCAUGAGAUCAGACAGGAAGUCGUACGACCUGUGCCAAAGUAUCCCUUAAACAUGAGAAAUCAAGUUACUAAUGGAAUUUCAGAUAAUCAAUUCUCCGCAAAUACAAAUUCGUCGCAUAAUAUUAAUACCGUCGCCAUUCCACAAUCAUUACCGCCGAUCGCCACGUUAGAAACUUCCCCGAUUGUGGAAUGUUCCCCCGCACAAUUAAAUUCACCACUUAAACCUAGACCGCUGUUAACCGGCACACUGUCCGACGUGUCACGACCUCGCCAAACGAAUGCAAGUCAAUUACCACCUUUGUUGCAAUCAUUGGGCGAAGAUCCCAUGAAAUUACCAAUUCCUUGGAUGUUACAACAACCGAAAAAAUCCAUGUCAAUGCCAAUUUUUGGAAACUCUGCGGGUAUUCAAUUAUUACUUUCUCCUGCGCCAGAUUUGGGGAAUCCUCUCGAUAAUAAUCGUCAUUUGGUUCAAAUGAACCCUCAAUUUCCUACUGACUGUUCAUCUAUCACUUAUGAUGUUUCAAAAAAAUCUGAUAAAACCCCAUCACCGCCAAUGACUUUACCUUCUCCACCGACCUCAUCACCCGAAUCCAUGUCACCAAAAUAUUACGUAAAACUUAUCGCUAAUAAUCCACUUACACCAAAUUCCUCACCACCCUCACCCCCGAUUUCACCAUACGUUGAAUCAAAUUCUUCGUGUCAAUCAACGCAUCUUUCAUAUAAACAAGUAUGGAAUAAUAACGAUCUCGACGAAUAUAAACAUAAUGAACGAGCAAACAUUGAACGAGGUGGUAACAUGGACGUGGAUCACAUCAAACUAAUACUUCGAGAUAAAUAA